AUGAGGUUCCCCCUGCUGACGUCGCGCCGCUCAUCGGCGUCAAGCUGUUACUCUUCCCCCCUCCUCUCCCUCCUGUGCCUUCGUGCUCUGUUCGCCUUUUCCACGUCUCAAUCGACCGCAAUUCGACUGCCACUUCAUCUCCCACUCGACGUCGACUCCGAGACCUUCUGGACUCUGCCAGCGACCCAAAAUAUCACUCAGGACAUCACCCAAUUUAGGACGCAAGUGCUCAAUCACGUACCCGACCUUGUUCCUGGUGACGUUAAGUGCGAUAAAAUCGCUCGCUGUGACCACAAGGGCGUGUGUGCCGUUGUGUGCAAACAUGGCUCCGUCCAAAUUGACAAAUGGCUACAAAAGGCACUCAAGCUGCAAAGGACGCUCGCGUACCGACGCAAUUUCUGCUCGGCCGCGCUGCCAGGCACCCACAAUUCGGCCAUUAAUCUAUCGGAUGGCUACGGCGUGGAAGACCAUGUGUUUGAGGGCUAUUUGCGCUACUUUUCGUGGUUUAAGCCGGGCAUGAAAGUGCAUACAAACGACCAGCUCUUUUCGCUCACUGAUCAGCUGCAGAUGGGUGUGAGGUUCCUUGAGCUUGAUGUGCACUGGUGUGAUGGGGAUUUGCGCAUCGCUCAUUGUGGAGGCUUCCGGUCCAAGUUGUUAGACGGGAUGAUUAACGUUUUCAACGAGAUUGCCAAAAUUCUGGGCACUGGCAUUGAGUGGGACUCGGAAACCAUCGGGUGUAAACCUAGUUUGAGUAGCAUACCGUCCAAAGAGCAACGGCCGCUGAAGGAUGCACUGCAGGAAGUGGCGGCGUGGCUGCAUGCACCGGAAAACUCGGAUGAAUUCUUGAUGGUGUUUUUUGAUGACGAGACGAACCUCAUGAAGUGGAAUAAAGUGGGCAAGCUGCUGGAGUAUCUGAAAGCGUACUUUCCUGAAGAGGAAAUCCUGCGACCGAUCGAGUUGAUGUACGACACGGAAUGGCCUACGCUAGAACAGCUCCUGCUUGCUGGGAAGCGCGUGCUGUUCAUGAGUGGUGCGGACUACCUGGCACGUGGGGAGGAGAUCUUGUUCGUGAAGGACAACAUCUGUAACUGGCACGAGCCGCCACUGCCUCUUGUCCCGUUUCCAGCUUGCCGAUUUAACCAAUCAGCGACUAAAAUCGGGAUACCGGACGUAGACUUCACGAUUUUUCGCCCUGAGACUAGCGAGAUCGAGUACGGAUUUCUCAAUGCAGCCGGCCAGCUUGGCUCAAACAAGAAUUUGCUGGACGAGAAAUCGCUUCCGGGCGUGACCGACUGUGGCGUGAAUCUACCGUCUCCAGAUAACAUCACUCCAAAACGUAUGGAAGCUACAAUUUGGGCUGUCCCAAAGGGGCAUGAACUUGACCCUACUGAGUGUGUGGCACUCAUGCGCGAGUCAAAGACCUGGCAGAGUGUUGAUUGUCAGACUGCUAACUUGGUGUCAGCUUGUGUUGAUGUGAAGAACCCACGGCUCUGGCAGCUUGGCCUUGUGUCGGUCAUUGAAGCCGACGCUGCUGCUGCCUGCAUCGCUCACUCUUCGGCCAGGUUGACGUAUUCAGUCCCAGCUUCGGGAUAUGAGAACAAUCUAUUGCACGACCGGCUGAUCCGGCAUGCUCCCAGCUCAGUUGUGGGUGUGUGGUUAAAUGUCAAGAAUGUCGUCGCCAAGGUGUACUCUACAGAUCAGAUUCAAGCUGUCACCCCAUUCGGUCAACACGUAAAGCAACCACUGCUGGACGUCAUUGUCGCGGUGCAGUAG